UAGUAUUUGUCCUUAUCUGUGGGCACAUCCCCCCUCCUCUGUCCGCUCUUCCUGCCUGCCCAGUCCCUCUCCACUGCUGCUUCUCCCGCAUCGUGCUUACACUGCACGGCUGUGCUCCGGCCCGGCCUGCCAGUGCUCUUUCUUCUGCUCGCGCUAGUGAUGUUCGUCGGUGGUGCCAGCGGGCGGCAUCAGCGGCCGGACCCGCCGGUGCCGCCGGAGAUGAGGGGCGUGCAGGCGCAGCUCACGGGGCUCACCAACGACGUCGCCAGGACCAUCUCCGAUAGCUUCAGCUUAUACGUCUCCGACACGCAGGGGGACUGGAACGGGCCCUUCAACUACACCUCCGACCUCGGCUUCGUGCAGCGCUGCCUCGCCGAAACCAGAGCUCAGGAGAAUGCUAGGCGCCGGGGGAGGCGGAUUCAUUUCAGAUUGGACAUGGAGAGAACACGGAUCUGAGCGGAGGCGAGAGUUGCUGGGACAAGGGGACAAGGGGAGGCGGGGAAUCAGCGGCAGGUCCGGGCCUGCGGCACCGGAAUCGCCGCCGAUGCUAUCCCGCGCCGGGGCACCGCCGCUGGGGAGAUCCCACGCCGUUUGGUAUUGUCCUGAUCCACCCAGGUCAAAGUAGGCAAGUAAAAGGGUUCGCAAAAGGAAAUCUGUAUUGUGUUUCUGAUUUCGCUGUCAUCAUGCAGGUACUCCCAAGCUUAAGAAUAAUGUGCCUGGCACAUUAUCUAGGGGUUCAGGUUAAAAUAAUGUACCUGGCACAUUUGCGAGACGCUUGGCGUUAUGUCUGAACUCGGAUUACGAUACAGUCACAUGUCCUGUACCCGGCACAAGAUGCACACUAGCUUUCUGUACCUGGCACAUGAUGCACACUAGCUGUGGAGUUUCUGAAGUGAGACGUUAUGUACCAUGCCCAUGAUGCAGAGCAUGACACUAAGAAGGGUGGGCAAUUGGGGUGGCCGUGAUGAUCCACCAAUGUCGCUAAAACUUAAAAAUAGAUAUGGAUACUGCAUAGGCAUACCAAGCAUGAGAUCAAAUGUUAAUUAUAUAUGACAAAUAAGACAUGCAUAACUA